ACCACUCAGACUGGAGGCAGGUUGAUUAUUGGGAAAACCACCGGCUAGGAUAGACAAUGAUGAGGCGGUGAAGUACUGGUAAUGAAAGUGUAAUUCGCGUGUAUACUGUCACAUCCAUAGAUAUUUUACGACUUCUUUGCGCUAAAAUGACGACGACCACGACAUAUCAAGGGAUGGAGCCCGGUUCUAAAAGCAGUUCCAGGGUUUUGCGCCCUCCUGGUGGCGGCUCCAACAUUUCACUUGGUGCAGAUGAGGAGAAGCCUCCCGUCCGGAAAAACAAGAUGGCCUCCAGUGUUUUCGCUGAGCCAGAGGACCCCUAUGCUAAUCGAAGGAACAACCCACCAGGCGGGAAGCCCACAGGGGUACUGUGUGGUGAGCCGUCAGCCCCCCUGAGGAGAGGAGGGAACCCCACCACCAACCACUCUGCAGAUGCCCCGGCCUCAGAUGGAGACAAUUCUGUACGUGAUAUUGAAAACAGUGUUGCUGAGCCGGAAGCAGUGCCAGGGCAGCAGGAGGAGGCCCCUCCAGCUGAGGAGUCCGCUGCAGGACUACCAUCCGGCCGCAGGAAUCCUCCUGGGGGCAAGUCCAGCCUCAUCCUCGGCUGAAUCCCAACCGACUGCUCCUCCUUACAUCCAUUCAUCUCUGAACUCAUCUUUUAUUUCUUCAAACAAGGAACCCCAGCCCAUUUGUCUGUACCGCAGGAAUCCUAUCUGAUGUCCAACAGACACCAGUCUCCUCCACAUCCCCAAGUGCAUUGUUUUGAUACCUCUUUUUUGAAAACUGUUUUGUACUGUUUUUAUUGUUUGUUUGUUUGACAGAAGCACUUUAUGUAUUUCUAAUUACAUGGUUCAAAGUCUGCCUUUGCCCCUGUGAUGCAUUAGACCUGCCAGAAAGGGUACAAGGAUCACAUUUGUCAUAUCAACCAAUGGUAAAUAUCUCCUAACUUUAUUGCGACAGCACAAGCUGUAGGUGAUUACACGAGCAAGUCUCUAGGACACAGGCAAAGAAAAAAGCUGUCAGUUUUGCACUGUGUUCGGUUCUGACCCAUCUUGCAUGCACGUCUGGUCUGUAAUGUAUGAAUGUGAGAAGAAACAUAACUGUGAAGAUUUUUUUUUUAUUAUUUAACCUUUGUUAGUUGCAUUUUGUGGAACAAUUGUUGUAUUGUUGUUGCAUGAAGUUGGAAUAUUUCUACUGAUAAUUAUGAUUAUUAUUAUUAUUAUUAUUAUGAUCCACAUAGGAGCCACAUAAAUUACUGUCAUUGUGAUCUGAAGGAUGCAAACAUUUGUCUUCAGAUGAUUACUGUAGGUCCCAUGUCAUUUAACAGAAUUGGAAAAAGCCUUUUUUAUAUUGUAGUCUCUAACCUUAGAUUAUUGUAACCCCAGUGCCAGGUUUGAGUACCCCAUGUUUUUAUAGGUAAAAUCUACUCUAAAAUAAAGUGUGCCUGUUUGUAUGGUAGGCUACAAUAUCAAACAAGGUUGGGUUUCCCCAGUCGGAUCCUACCAGUGGGCCAUCAAGACCUAGUUUUUCCAGUGCGAGUUAAUGGAAUGUUGUUGGUCCUGACACGUCACUGUUUCUGGUAAACCCAUCCUAGAUUUGACAAGUGACCUUAUGACAGCUCAGCCUUUUUUUUUUCUGUUUUUUUUUUUCCUUCUAUAUUUUCUCACUGGAAAUAUACAACAUUCUUUUAGAACAUUUCAUGUCACAUUAUUUAAACCAAAAUCCAAAACUCCCUCCUGCUUCUGUCUUGUUGAGUCCACGUGUGUGGCUGCUGUGUGUGACUGCUGUGUCGGCCAGCUGUCACGCAAGAAGACCUACAUUUCAGGUACAUGAAAUGUAAUUCCUGUGGUGUCUAUUUUUAACGUGUGUUAUGAUGCAAGACAUUUCUGCUUGCGUCCUAUACCAAUUCCUGUUGCUGGAUGUAAGUCACUACAGAAAAAAUGAAAUUAAGAAAUGGCACAAGUGGAAAUUACCAUUAAAAAUCAAU